AUGGUGCAAUAUGUUCCCCUAAGUUUCUCUUUGUCUUCCCCUGUUAUAAAAGCCCGACGUCUGCCUAGUCCCGGCAGAUCUUCACCGGCAACUGUAAUUCCAACAAGCUCCGAACUGUAUCCACCAAUAGAAGGGUUUGGAUGGGGACUCAGGAAAACAACUUUGAUGUGGCAAUACCAUUCAUUACCUAAGGAGCCUAAUUAUAGUCGAGCUGUCCAUUUUCAUGCUAAACAUUCUCAACAAUUUUCAACUUCUCAACAUUUUCAAACUCGUGGAACAUCCACUCAACAAUUCCCACCUGUUCAACAGUUUCAUGCUCGAGCAAAUUUCAAUAAUCAACAUUCGCAUAUUCAUGCCAUUCAUGCCCAACAUUCUAGUACCAGUGCCAGUACUCCAUAUGCUCAUGUUUGCGCUCCCUCCAUUACUCGCCGACCUUUUCAACUUGUUCACUAUUUGCCCCAACACACUCCUCAACCGCCACAUAACAUUCCUCAACAAAAUCUAUACUCCCUACAACAACAACCACAACAAACACGAUUUGUCCUACAACCACCACGUCUCAUUCUACGGGAGCCACAACUAAGGGAGCAACAACAACGGGACUCUCAACAACAACGGGAGCCACAAAUUGAUCCGCGUCAUCAGUUCGAGCGUCAAAAUGAUGAAGAUAAUAGACGAGAACAACUAAGAGAAGAACAUCAACGUCGCCAGCGAGAAAGCAGACUCGACAUACAACACCGUAGGCGCAAUUACGAAUAAUUUUACUUCAAAUUGAAAUAAAACACAGAAAUUGUGCUACUGUAUUGCUACUUAACAAAUAAAAUUUUUCAACUCCUCAACUUUCACUUAAUCAAUACAGUAGACUAAGGGCUCAUUCAGUUGUACGAUAAGAAGGA